AUGGGUACCAAUGUUACGAAAGAACUAUUGAAUAACUCAAUAUCCAACUCUUCCGGUGAUGAUCCCGAUUUUAAUUUAUCAAGCAGUGAUCCACAAAGAGAGUCGAAUGCGAACAAUUUAACAAUUGGUCCAUCUGUUGACCGAAAUCCACGUUGCAUGGACCUAAUCCUAGACUGUGGAAUGAAGGUUGGUCAAGUUACUACUUGCUAUACCUGGAUCAGUGGAAUGAUAUCGAUGCAACGUGAAUGUUUAAAUGCCAAUGGAUUUAAGGUCGUUUUAGCAAAGACCAAAGAAAAAAUUACGAAGUUACAAGUAGAGCUAAGGGAAAUUUGUUCGGAACGUAGAAAGCAAGGUCUUCGAUGUUAA